AUGGAUCGAACGCUAGAAUCAAAGGGUAAAGUUUGUGUGACUGGUGCAGCUGGGUUUCUGGCUUCAUGGCUGAUCAAGCGACUUCUUUUAUCUGGUUAUCAUGUCACUGGGACAGUUAGGGACAUAGAAAAUGUGAAGAAAGUGGGUCAUCUAUGGAAGCUGGAAGGAGCGAAAGAGAGACUGUUUCUGGUGAGGGCUGACCUAAUGGUAGAGGGAAGCUUUGACGAGGCAGUUAUGGGAUGUGGUGGUGUCUUUCACACUGCUUCACCUGUCUUAGGACGCCCUACUUCUGAUCCAAAGGGUGAAAUAUUGCAACCAGCAAUUGAUGGCACACUGAAUGUUCUGCGCUCGUGCCGAAAGAAUCCAUCUCUAAAGCGUGUGGUUCUCACCUCAUCUUCUUCGACAGUAAGGGCAAGAGAUGAUUUUGAUCCCAGUGUACCACUGGAUGAGUCGUCUUGGAGCUCUGUCGAACUCUGUGAGAGACUUCAGAUUUGGUAUGCAUUGUCAAAAACACUAGCAGAGAAGGCUGCAUGGGAAUUCUGUGAAGAGAACAAUAUUGAUCUAGUUACUGUUCUUCCCUCAUUUGUCAUUGGACCAAGUUUGCCUCCUGAUUUAUGCUCUACUGCGGCCGAUGUCCUUGGCUUGCUCAAAGGGGAGACGGAAAAAUUUAAGUGGCAUGGAAGAAUGGGAUAUGUUCAUAUUGACGACGUUGCGCUGUGCCACAUUCUUGCAUAUGAACGUGAAACUGCCAAGGGACGUUACCUUUGUUCCUCAACUGUUGUUGACAUUAAUGAACUAGCGUCUAUUCUGGCAGCACAAUUUCCAUCACUGCCUAUUCCCAAGAGGUUUGAGAAAGUUGGUAGGCUAUACUACGAAUUGGAUACCUCAAAAUUGAAGGAAUUGGGAUUAAAGUUGAGGUCAAUUGAAGAAAUGUUUGAGGAUUGUGUUGCAUCUUUAACGGAGCAAGGCUAUCUAACUAUGAAGACGACGACUACUACUACUACAACUACUUCUUCAGUUCUUAAAACAGCGGACUAG